CACCAAUAGCAAGGCCACUGUACCUGCUGCGCAGUUUACAGUAACAGUGUCUGGUUGGUUGGAGUAGGAGCAAAGCAGCUUAUAACGCAACUGGAGUCUGUUUGAGUUUUAAGAGUCCGUAUAUAAAACUUUUAAGGAAUACGGAUACUAUUUGACUGACUAUUUCUUUGGACGAGGAAAACCCUUCACUUUUUUUGUUUUUUUGUUUCAGCCCUCAUUGGAUUUCUCGGUUUAUCAGGGAGGAUUCUGUCAGAGGUUACUCCGACCAAAGCGAGCUGCGUGUCGGCUUAUUCACCAGGGAUUUUAACAGCAGUCCGAUUUCUUCUAAUUGUGUGAAUCUUAGAAACAUCGACAAGAAUAAGAGGUGGACACAGGAUAAAUAUUGUUUUAUUGACUUUACACUUGGGAAACAGACUAUGUUGGGGAACGUGGCGCUCUACGCUGCUAAGAAACGGAAGAAGCCUGUUCAGAAAGUUCCAAAGCCCAAUAACCACGAUGGCAUCAAGUCCAACCCAUCAAAGCGUCACAGGGAUCGGUUGAACGGCGAACUGGACAAGCUGACCAACCUGCUGCCCUUCUCUGAUGACGUGCGGGCACGGCUGGACAAGCUGUCUGUCCUUCGCCUCAGCGUCGGUUACCUGAAGGUCAAGAGCUACUUCAGCGGUGAGUGACAGACACAGCCUCCG